AUGGAGGAUAGUAAUAUCCUUGGUGAGGACCUGCCGCUCCCACCGACUCGGCUCUUUGAAAGACUGGCGCAGCUGCCUGGAUAUACGUGGGAUCAGACUAUCGAGCCAUUUCAUUCGACAUACAGCCAUUGGCACGUUUACGGUCUCCGGCACUCUCUGGAAUCUGAUGUCUCUACACCUGCCGCGACUUCGUCUGGGCCAUCUAGCUUGGCGCGCAACUCCCCACGAGCCGAGUCCCGCCCCCCUUUUCGUCAUCACUGGAGAAGUAGCUUGAGCGAAUCUAGCAGUGAAAUUUCACUGUCGCGUGCCGAUCACGAGCCAAUAUGGACUCCAGUCAUCGCCCGGGUUUCGUCCCACGUUGUGAGACUCGAGCGUGAGUUUCAUAUGCAAAGGUCUAUAGUUCAAACGUCAGAUCCGGAUUGUAACCACACGAUACGGCCGAUUGAUCUUAUACGACUUCCUCGAGAUUCCGGUGAUGCGGGUCCUCUUUUGGUGGCUAUCUUUGAAUCACCCGGCCCCAACAUGUUACGGGAGCUAGUCGCAUUUGGACCCGCCUGGUUUGCUGUUGGCACCAAAGGCGAUAGCAGUGAACCUACUCCCGGAGAGCAAGUUUCGCUUUCCGUUUUCCUUGAUUUUGCAGUCGGCGCAUGCGAUUGCCUCGAACUCCUACACUACGGACUCAAAACGGUUCAUGGUGAAAUCCGCGGGGAUGCUUUUCAUUUCAAUGGUGAAACUGGCUCAGUAAAACUUAUUAAUACUGGAAACGGCGCUCGAUCUUUUGAUAACAUUCUCAGUGAAGGCUGGUCGACGACUGCUAGAGAGCUUGGUGUUAAGAACAAAUUGCAGUUCAUUGCACCGGAGCAGACAGGGAGAAUGCCGACCGAGCCGGAUAGUCGAACGGAUAUCUACGCGCUAGGCGUGCUUUUCUGGACUAUGUUAGUUGGGAAGCCAGCGUUCACUGGAAGCGAUCCGGUUGAAGUUGUUCAGAACGUACUGGGGAAGAAGCUACCACCCGUUUCGGCGAAAAGAAUGGAUGUUCCAGACGCUGUGUCAGCCGUGAUCCAGAAGAUGACCCAGAAAGCGGUGAAUGAGCGUUAUCAUACCAUUUCCUCCGUGAAGAGAGAUCUGGCGCAAAUCUCUAAAUUGCUCGGUGAUGGUGAUAGCGAGGCCUUGAAAGAUUUUCAAAUUGCUCAACGUGACGUAUCGUCAUUCUUUACUCUACCAUCUCGCAUGUUCGGCCGGAAGGAGGAGUAUAGAAGACUUAUAGAGGUGGUUGAGAAAGUCUACCGGCGCCAGCAGUCCGCCUAUGCCAGAGCUACCGCUCAGAGUUCUAGCGGACUUGGCUCUAAUUCCUCUAUCUCGGAUGGCCGCGUUGACAGCUUCGAGAUUGCCUCUGGUUCGAGUGACUCAGGUUCUUUUCAUGUCCCUCCUAAGACAAACUCAAAUGGCGGCCCUUCCAACCUCGGGCGUGUCUCCACACACGAAUCCAUCCAUAGCACGGAGUCAUCACUUUCGACUCCGAAGCCGGGCUAUGUUUCAAGCAAGGCAAAGAGUCCGGUCGAAUCUCGUGCUUCCUGGGAUAACACGGACCGAGAUGGCUAUCUUUCGACGGGAGCAAACACGCAGAGCCAUGCAGACUCUCUUGGAGUCAGUAGGCCCAAGGCUGCUCACAAGCUCCGCCGUAGUGGAAAAUGCGAGGUCAUCACCAUUAGCGGUGCUGCCGGGAUAGGAAAAACGGAUCUUCUCAAUCGUGUUCAGCCAGCGAUUCGUAAAUUUGGCUAUAUCGGCAUUGCUCGCCUGGAUCGGUCGAGAAGGGUCCCUUUUGAGCCCUUCGCGAAAAUCUUGGCUAGCCUCCUCCGACAAAUAUUUUCCGAGCGUGAUGUGACGACGGACUAUCAUAAUAACAUCCGUACGGCAUUGCGGCCAAUGUGGUGUACGCUACAUCGAGUUUUGGAACUGCCUGAGCAAUUAAUGUCAUCCGGAGGAAGUGAACGAGAAAUAUCGCCCAAGCUCUCGGCUGCUCAGCACAUAUUUAAAGAUGUCUCGACUAAGGGGGAACCUUCAAAGCGUAUUGCACUUCCCCGUCUUGACCAUGGCCAGAGCUCGGUCGACUUUUUCUUAUCCAAUGCGGCGCUGAAAAAUAUGCGAUUAAUGGAAACAUUCCUGGAGAUCCUUAAAACGUUGUCCCAGUUCAAGUUGAUUUGUGUAUGCGUGGAUGAUUUGCAUUAUGCGGAUGAUGAGACCCUCGACUUGAUCAUGAAUAUCGUGAAAGCAAAGAUACCAUGCGUGCUCGUACUCACAAGUCGUAAGGCCGAACUGGAGUCGGACGCCAUAAAAUCGCUUUUUGAGGCGGAGAAUCCCAGCGUAACAAGAAUCGCGCUGAAUCCACUUGGAGAAGAUGAAGUUAUGCAGAUUGUAGCAGCUACAAUGCACCAGGAUCCUAACCCGAUGUUAACGCCUCUUGCAGCUGUCAUCCAGGAAAAGAGCGUAGGAAAUCCAUUCUACGUACGAAUGAUGCUGGAGAUCUGCUAUAGCAAGAACUGUAUAUGGUAUUCCUGGAAAAACUCAGUGUGGGAGUUCGACCUUGAUCGUAUCUUCACCGAGUUCGUGGCUCCUAGGUACGGGGAAGGGCUCGGGCUUGGAUUUAUUGCAAGACGUCUUCAGGAGACACCGCCGGCAGCUCGGUCCUUAAUGGUCUGGGGCACGCUAUUGGGAAGUCCAUUUGCGUUCUCUUUGGUACAGAAGCUUCUUACGAGCGAGUUUCUGUACUCAAGCGAUGAUGAUGAGGCGGUAGACCUUACUUGUCCCCAGAACGCAAACCUUAUCAGGCAGUCGGAGGCCGACAUUGUUGUUGGCCUGCAGUAUCUUGUCCAAGCAAAUCUUAUUAUCCCAGGGAAGACCGAUGAUGAAUUCAGGUUUGCCAAUGAUAGAAUAGCUCAAGCCGCUGCAUCGUUGACGGAGGGUCGCAAUGUAGAGAAGAUGCAUUUUAUCAUUUCACAGGCUAUCAUGAAAUACUAUCAUGAUGGUCGCAGUCGCUAUGCGAUGGCUCGCCAUGUGGCUCUUGCGUCUCGGAUAAUUAAGAAUCGAGUCGUUCAGAGACUUGAUUACCGGAAAAUACUGUGGGAUGCUGCACAAACUGCUGCGCAGUCAGGCGCACGACCAACCGCGCUCUGGUAUUUUCGUCAUUGCAUAGCCCUUCUUCAAGAAAACCCGUGGGAUGAUAACAAUACCGAUGUUUAUUAUGACGAGACAUUACGCCUGCAUAUUGCAACAGCUGAGAUGUCAUGGUCUCAGGGCCAUAACUCAGAGGCGCUGGACUUACUGGACAAAGUCUUUAUCCAUGGAAAGAGUGCGGUGUGCAAAUCAAGGGCUUGGAUUGUGAAAGCCAAGAUCUAUGCUCAAAUGGGAAAUCAUCUUCGUUCGAUGGACUCGCUACUCACUUGUUUGGAUGAGCUUGGCGUCCACCUCCGGGAAUCUACAACUUACGAAGAGUGCGACGCCGCUUACAGAAAUCUUAGAAGAUAUCUAGAAAGAGGGGACUUGGAAGCCGUCGUUCGUAAACCAGUGAGCAAGGACAUCAACAUGAUCACUAUUGGGGCUGUUAUGGCCGAGGCAAUGGCUGUGACGUAUUGGGAUGAUCCGUUGACAUUUUAUCGAAUGGCAAUCGAGAUGAUGAACCUUCAUAUCUUCAAGGGUGGUUUUGUUCAGAUUUCAAUUGGUUGUUCCCACCUUGCUAUGAUCUCCUUCAGCCGUUUUCGAGACUUAGACCUUGCGGUGAAGCUGAGCGACCAUGCACUUACGCUUCUAGAGCGCUGCCCUGAGCCUUGGACCCAAAGCAGGGGAUCAAUUGUCCACAAUCUUUAUGUCAGUCAUCUACGAAUCCAGCUUUCCUCAACGCUCCCGGCUCUUGAAGCUUCUGUCGAGGCUUCGUUCUCCAUGGGGGACCCGUACAUAACAUUAAUCAGUCUCUCAUCGAUGGCGAUGACAAGGCUUUUCCUUGGUCAUGACAUGACUCAUUUGGAAAGUUUUUGCAACGAUAGUCCCGAAGAUAUUCCAGAAUGGGUGAACGAUACUCGUGGCGGUGCGAGUCUUCUUGCCGUGCGACAAGUCGCACGUGCAUUGCAGGGGAAGACUGGUUAUCGAAAUGCUGACACUAUUAUGGCUGAUGAACACCAUAGUACUAGCGAGUACAUUGCUUUCUUGGAUAACAAUGCUAGUAACGCUGACCGUCCUCGCGACAUAUAUUGGGGACUGGCUAUGAUUCCAUUGUUUGUCUAUGGACAUCACUCAAAAGCCAUACAACUAGGUGUGCAAAUGAUGGAUACGAUGCCCAGACUAUGGUCUGCCCGUGUUUCAUAUGUGGUGUAUUUCUAUUUGGCUCUUUCUCUUCUCACGUUGCAUAACGAUUAUCCUGCUGGCGGAUAUCUCGAUGGAAACAUGAAGACCGUCUUAAAGUACAAAGCUGAAGUUGAUUUUGCACGGAGCGCUUGCGAUGCGAAUUACGGAAUGUGGUCGUUGAUACUAGAGGCGCUGGUUUUCGAGGUUCGAAAUGAUCACAGCUCAGCGAUUCGAGCUUUUGAGGCUGCGAUUGAUCACUGCCAAAUCCAUGGAUGGCCCUUGGAAGAGGCUCUUGCUCUUGAAUUGCAUGGCGACUUUUUAAUACGACGUGGAGCUAAAAGGGCAGCACGCUCCGUUAUGCAGGAUGCUAUCGCCGCAUGGGCAGCGAUUAGUGCUGUUGGAAAGGCUGCGCAACUAACAGAGAAGCAUGAAUGGCUCCUCAAAACAGCCACAUCUACAAGAAGUGUCGAUGUUGGCUGCCAAACUGUUGAUUCGCUCCUUGGAAUCAAUCGCAGCGCAGAACCAGAGGAUAUUGGUGUAUCUCAACAUAUGGAGGAAGAGGACCGACAGCACCGAUGGAUAGAGCAGAACGGCGUGACUACAGGCGAACGCUCGCUUGAUAUCUCAGGUGUUGGGCUUGACAUCAUCGAUUUGUCAAGCAUUCUCGAGUCUAGUCAAGUGAUGUCGUCUGAACUCCAGAUAGACAAGCUCCUGACAAAGAUGAUCGAGAUCGUUUUAGAAUCUUGUAACGGAUCAGAUUUUGCGGUAAUCGCAACCAAUUUUGAUGAUAACUUCACAGUUGCUGCGGCUGGAGACCUCGAAAAAGGGCAAAGAUCUUAUGUCGACGGCCUUCCUUUUUCGGAGGUCGAGGAUAAAAUGGCUCAACAGAUUUCGCACUAUGUCAUGCGCACUCGGGAAGAAGUUCUCGUCCACAACGUUCUUGAAGAUGAGCGAUUUUCCAAUGUCUUGGAGGCCUAUCAGAGCAGGUAUCCGCUUGGUAGGUCUGUGAUUGCAUUACCGAUAAUGCAAGCGGAACACCUCCUUGGCGUUAUCCAUAUCGAAGGGAAGCCGAACUCUUUCACUCAGCGAAACCUAGUAGUUCUCCACCUACUCUGCAAUCAAAUUGGCAUAUCUCUAUCCAACGCCUUGCUAUUUCGUGAAGUCCGCAAAGUCAGUGCCACCAACGCAUCUAUGGUUGAAGCCCAGAAGCGCGCUCUCGCCCAGGCUCGUGAGGCGGAGCAAAAAGCAAAGGUAGCGGAAGCAGAAGCCAAGCAUAAUGUCAAGCUGAAGGAGGAUGCAGCGAAGGCCAAGUCGAUCUUCUUGGCCAAUAUAUCCCACGACCUACGCACACCCAUGAAUGGAGUUAUUGGCCUUUCCGAGCUACUGAAGGCCACCAAACUCGACAGAGAGCAGGAUGAAUAUGUCGAAUCUAUCCGCGUCUGCGCAGACACACUGCUCACCCUCAUCAACGACAUUUUGGAUUUCUCCAAGUUGGAAGCUGGGAAGAUGAAGAUUUCUACAGUGCCGUUAAAUAUUAAGGAGACAAUAUCAGAAGUUGUUCGUGCGCUUCGCUAUACGCACCGCGACCGGGGAUUGGAAACAAUCGAAGACCUUGAGAAGGUUCCCCCAGAGUUAGUGGUGCUUGGUGAUCCUGUUCGUCUGCACCAAAUAUUCAUGAACCUUCUCAGCAAUAGUUAUAAGUUCACGCCGAAAGGAUCAGUUACCGUCAGGGCUAGAGUUACGCGGGAAGGCAAGGGUCGUAUACGCCUUGAAUGUUCAGUGUCUGAUACCGGAAUUGGAAUUCCCGAGGAGCAGAAAUCGCGACUCUUCAGACCAUUCUCGCAAGCAGAUAGUUCUACGGCAAGAUCGUACGGUGGUAGUGGGCUUGGCUUGAGCAUCUGCAAAGCCAUCAUCGAAGACGUCCUGGGUGGCGCAAUUUGGCUUGAUUCGACCCCAGGGGUUGGUACCACAGUGACUUUCCAUUUAUCCUUUAAUAAGGUCAAAGAUGCCUCUGCAAAAGCAAAGAAGGCGGAAUUGGGCGGCAAGAAGAGCUCUCCCUCACCUACGGCUCGUGACUUGACGAUGAUUCCACGUGAUCAGAUUCGAGUCUGUAUCGCAGAGGAUAACCCAAUUAACCAGAAGAUUGCGGUGAAAUUUGUGAGUGGUCUUAACCUGCAAUGCGAAGCGUACAGUGAUGGGCGGCAAGCGGUAGAGGCUCUACGCGCACACUCACAGGAGGGAAAUCCAUUCCACGUGGUCUUGAUGGAUGUACAAAUGCCCACGCUGGACGGCUACAACGCAACUCGUGAAAUCCGACGAGACCCCGACCCCAACGUUAAUGAAGCACUCGUUAUCGCGAUGACAGCUAGUGCUAUUGAGGGUGAUCGUGAGAAGUGCCUCGAAGCUGGAAUGAACAAUUACCUCCCUAAGCCGGUUCGGUCAACAAUUUUAAGCGACAUGUUGGAUCAAUAUCUCGCACCGGUGCCAACAUUUACAAAAACACGCCUCGCAAUGCGGGACAGAGGGAGCAUCAGCCACGAUAAUGGGACGCCGAACAGUUCCUCCCCGUCGCCUGGCUCUGACAAUCAGGUAAUCCAACUUACUCCAGAUACAGACAAGCCAGCACAGCCGGAUCCAUCUGAGAUGAACUAG